AUGUCUCACUUAACGAAUAAACGGGUUUCGAUAAUGGCCGAGGACUCACAGUACGGCUAUGCCACUUCGAUCUUGACCAGCAAGUCUCCUCAACAAGCCGGGUUGAUUAUCCCGAACUCUUUAACUUCGUCGACCAAUUUGAUCCAAACAAGCCUAACCAAUUGGUUUCAACAAUACUAUUCCAAUCUCCGGAGCCAUAAUGCCGAGUUGAAGAACUUGUACAAUUUUGGGUCGUCCCUUUUCGCCCCCCAUGCCACCAGUGCCACCAGUCCUGAGUUCUCAUCCUUUGUUGAUAACUGGAAGCUUUUGUUGAGUCAAUUGCAGACGGAAAUCGUUCAGAACGAAACGAAGCUCGCCGGUUUCAAGCUGGAAAUCAUUGGGCCCUUGAGAAACUUAUUUGAAGACGACAUACGGUUCUCGGAGUUGGUGAUCAACUGUAAGGAGCUACAGGAGAUCAGCCACGACAUACAGAAGCAAAAACCCAAUUCGGAAUACCAGUGGAACGUCAAGGCUCCUCAAAUAUUGGCUAACUUUGAAAACUUCAAGAAACAGGAGAAACAAGUGUUGUUCAACUCGGUGCUUAAUUACUUCCAAUUGGGUAACACAGCCAUGGCCAAUACUUUGAAGUCCAGUGAAACCUCAGUCAACACUCUAUUGUCGCUGUUCAACAUUGACACUGAAAUGAAGCAGUACUUGGACUUCUUGAUGAAAUGCGAGUUUAAAGCAGUCACUAACCAAUAUGGGUUCCAACCUAAUCAGGAAGAAGGCGAAGAUUCAGUCACUGAUUUGAAGAAAGCUCCAGCUCCUCCUAAACAUAAAAGAUACUCGGGGUUUGGAACUUCUCAUAGCAGUAGUAAUAACCAUCACCAUAAUGAACUGAGUAAUGGUAAACCUUCGAAAUUGAAGUCAAAAGUCGGCUCUAUUUUCGGUAGAAAGAAGAACAGACACUCAAAGCAUUCGGACAUGAAUACUGAUCUUGAAACCAUUUCAAGUUCAAACUCAAAAAAUAUGUUAAGAAAUGACGGAAGAAAGAAUAGUGUAGCUACCACAACUGGUACCUCGCCACUUCCUCCUAUCCCAGGUGCUAGUCAUAGUACAAGUGCUGGAGCUGGUCUUAGUGAUGGUGCGGAUCGUUCUAGUGGGGCUGAACGUGCUGAUCGUAUUAGUGAUGCCAAUGCUAGUGCUGGUACUGGUUCUGGUACUAUUAUGGGUGCCGCCGGUGCUGUUGGUGCUGUUGUUGGUGCUGCUGGUGCUGCUGCUGGUAGUAUCGGAGGAUCCGAACGGUCAUCUCACUUCGGACCUCCUCCAUCAUCUGCUUCUACUAAUGACAGACCCUUACCUUCUAUUGAGAAACAAGGAGAAACGAUGCAAGAACCUUUAAUUCCAAAGCCUGCAAUUCAACAACCAGUGGUGCCUGAAGAGGAACCCAAUUUGGUGAGAUACGAAUCGCAAUCUUCAGAUGAAGUUUCUCGUGAACCAAAGAAUGGCACUCAAAUGAAUAAGCCUCUUCCUAUCCCUGUUGAUAAAUUGAAGAAGUACAGUUUUGAAGUUGGUGAUGAAGCCAAACCUCUUCAAACUUCUCCCAAGGUAAUUCAACAUCCUUAUAACUUUCAUAAUAGUCGAAGCGAUAUUUUUGGUGAUGAUCAUCAGAUAUUUGAUAGCCAGCAACCAUCAUCGACUUUUAACGACAGGGAAUUGCCUGAACCCACAAUUGAAGUGCCAAUGGUUAGUAAGUCAUCCCAGGACGUUACUGGACCUUCACCGUUAUUGCAAGCACCACUUCAGAAUAACAAUGCGAAUCCCAAUUCCAGUGUAUCUGCUCCUAAACCACCACCAGCCAGAAAAGUGGCUCACAACCCAGCCAAUAGUCAGCAAUUUUCCGAGCCAGCCGAAUCAAUUCACUUUGAACCAGUUAAAUCUGAAGUUAUGCCUGGAUCUUUUGCAGUAGAAGAAGAGCCAAAAGAGGCUGAAGAAUCUCGGGAUAAAUAUGAAAGUUCUAUUCCUAAAGCAAGUAUAGCUGGAACCGGUAUUGGAGGAGCUGCACCAGGAACAGGAGGAUCGAUACUUGGAUCUUCAAAUAAUCAUUUCUCGCCAGGUGUUACUAAAUUAACAUCACAGAACACUGGGAACACUUUACUUUCUAAUCAUGUUAAUGAAUUCAAACAUGGAGGUAAUGGUACAAAAGGGUUGAAUAUUUCUAUUGCGGAGAUGUUGAAUGUUAGUGUGAACGAUGAUGUUCUUACCACUGGGCAAGUAUUGGGAGAGAUUGUUUUCAACUAUGAAGGUGAGACGGAUGAAGACCAUCAUCAACAACCUUUGGAGAUUAUCUUGAAGAGGGAGGCGUUUGAUAAAGUUAUGAUUAACGAUCUGAUACUUGUGGAAACGAAUUCUAGCAAUUUGUAUGAAAUAAAUCCUCAAGACAUCCUUUCAAGAACCAUAGGUGGUGUGAAAUAUGUGAAUGAAAUACCGGAGGGACAACUUCCAGUGACCAUUAAUCAUGUGUGGAAGUUUGAAGAGAAACAAGCUAGUUUAAUACUUGAUUUGAAGGUUCAAAAACCACUAUUUAAUGUUUUUGUUUAUGCAAUGGUUGCGCCUAAUGUUAGGACCACUCAAUGUUUAUCAAGACCCAGUGGGACAUUUAGUGAUGUUAAAAAUCGGAUAUUAUGGAGAUUUGAUGAAUUAAAACUGGACCAAAGAUUAUUAGCAAGAUUUAUGACAUCGGGAUUAGCCAAAGAACAUGAAGCAGGUAUUCAAUUAAGAUUCCAAAUUCCAGGGUUUGCUUAUAAUGAUGGUAAGAUUGAAGCCCUUGAUAAAUCCAAUACUCAUAUUGUUAAGAAUGUUGCUAGUGGAUCUUAUUCUGCUCAUUCCACAUGA